UGUGGAGCUCGUGUUCUUGUUGGUUGACUUCAUCCAAACCGAGUUUCGAAAUACAUACAACAUCGACUUCACAUCUACUCAGAGCAGGAAUUUUUUGUAGCCAAAGCUAAGCGAUGUUUUAGAUUCAACAAUUUUUAAAUUCACAAAUUAUAUCCGAGUGGGCCUCCGCCGACCUGGUAGCCUUCCAUGGCUCGCAUCAGGAUAAGCUGAGUAUGUACAACAUGUAUAUAUUGAGGAGGAAGGGAGCCACUGAAGUGAUGCACUGCGAUUAAGAAAGAUGAAAACGUACGACGUGAGAGAAAGGGGCAUUUUGGGUUUAAUUGAAGAAAUUGACCAUUAUAAUUUUCCUCAAGGUUCAUACUAGUUCCGACCCACUCAACUUUGCCAAGUUGAAGCUAUGUGAAGAUUCACACGCCUGAGCGGUCGUCUCCCUAGCCAUCAGGGUUUGUUGUGCGCAAUUUUGCGUCUUUCUUCGACGUCUUCUCUCCGGCAUAAAGGAUUCUGCCUCCGCGGAUUCUGCUUGUUUCAGUUUUUGGUGUUUUUCCGUUUUUCUUUUUUCAAUUCGCAGGUGAAGUCCUCUGCUUCGGUUCAUGGGUAUCGAGAGGGUAGCGUGGGUUGCUGAUUAGUCGAGUGUGCCACCUGCAACUCGAACGGAUUUUGGUCGGUAUGAAUACUCUGCUUCGAGUAUUGCACGAUGCUUAGGUGUGCUGUAGGUUUGAUCGAACGUUGCAAGACAUCGGCUCGGUUUUGUGACAACAUGAUGCUCAGAGGUGAUGAGGGAUAUCUGAUUCAGGACGAGGUGAUUGCUGGCAAGGAAGAGGCUCCGAACAGGAGUCUACGGGCGAAGGAAGAUGAAGAGGUGUUGAUCCGUCCCCUUCCCGAGCCGCCGCCAUGGAGGAAGUGUGCGACUAGUGUUUGGACGGCUAGUUCUAUUUCUGUUUUACUCUGUUUAUGUUUUUACUUCGAACCACAUGUUGUUUUGUUUGUCAUGUACGCUUAUUUUUGUCAGACUCUUACAUCAGGUGGAGGUGAUGAGAGGUUUGCUCUGGCCACGUUAGGCUCAUUUAGACCCACUAUAGGAUCAACGAAUCUUAUUGCUCUGCCUAGGGUGGUUGAUUCUCCAGGUGGUUUGAGGGUCGGUGGUUGGAAGUGUUUCCCUUAUCGUUUGUGUCCCUUGCUGAAUGUUUUAUUAUCAAUAUAAGCCAUCAUGAGUCCCUGUUUCAAAAAAAAAGUUGAAGCUAUGUGAAAAAUAAUAAUAGUAAAAAGUAUGCAUGUGAUUGAGGUUUGUGCAGAGGAG